AUGCUCAAGGUCAGCAGUGGUAAGGCGCUUUAUGGGCACCAAGGAUCCGUUAUGCUUGGGAUAGAAAUAACAAGAUUUAUCCCCGGCCUUGACCUUGAUUGGUUUGAGGCUCGGAUAGGUCCUGCUCUACCCUCGUCUGAUGACCUUUCUGUCCGUGGCGUCUCAGGACAUCUGGGUUGUUCGAUAGAAGGCGCGGGGAAGAGGCGCUUUUUAGCCAUAAGUAACUAUAGAAACCAAAGGCUUCUGCGGCCAGUCCACGAUUGGUUGCCGUUGGUGUAUCUCUUUGAGCUGGUAGCGGUUCUUUUCGAUAGGUCCUUUGCCUCAAGUGUAGUUAAUUCAACACUUGCUUACAAUACGUUCCUGGGACAGCCUCUUGGCUACUAUGGGUCUUGGCCUCUCUUUGCCUUUUCGCACCACUUAGUGGUGUGGCUGGCAAAGAGUAAGGUAUAUCCUGGUUGGAGAUUUUCCGAUUAUGGAGUGCUUGGCGAUGAUGUGGUUAUUUCGGACCCACACGUUGCACCAAUCUAUGCGGACUAUAUUCGUCGACUAGGGGUCUAG